AUGCCAGCUGAGCGUAAAAAACUCAGCCCAGCAGUAUGGAGAAAAAGAAUCUUUAUUAAACAACAAAGAAAAAGCUGCAGUGAAAGACGGCCAGUGAGCAGCAAGGAGAAACCAAAGGACGAUCUCAAGAUCACUGCCAAGAAGGAGGUCAGUAAAGGAUUCCCUGAAGACAAAAAGAAGAAACUGGAAGAAGAUAAGAGAAAAAAGGAAGACAAGGAACGAAAGAAAAAAGAAUAGGAAAAGGUAAAGGCAGAGGAAGAGUUGAAGACAAAAGAGGAAGAGAGAAGAAGGAAACAGAAGAGGAAAGAGAAAAAGCAAGAAGAGCAGCCAAAACGUCAGCAAGAAGAAGAAGCUGCUCAAUUGAAAGAAAAAGAAGAAUCCCUUCAGCUUCAUCAGGAGGCUUGGGAAAGGCAUCAGUUAGAAAGGAACUCCGUAGCAAAAACCAAAUGCUCCAGACAACAGGCCAGAGGAAAUUUCUUUAGCCGCCUAGACUCAAGCUUGAAGAAAAAUAGCUUUGUCAAGAAACUAAAAACUAUUACAGAACAACAGAGAGACUCCUUGUCCCAUGAUUUUAAUGGCCUAAAUUUAAGCAAAUACAUUGCGGAAGCUGUAGCUUCCAUUGUGGAAGCCAAACUAAAAAUCUCGGAUGUGAACUGUGCUGUGCACUUGUGCUCCCUCUUUCACCAGCGCUAUGCCGACUUUGCCCCUUCGCUUCUUCAGGUCUGGAAAAAACACUUCGAGGCAAGGAAGGAGGAGAAACACCUAACAUUACCAAACCUCAGAACUGAUUUGCGUUUCAUUGCAGAAUUGACAAUAGUUGGGAUUUUCACUGACAAGGAAGGUCUUUCCUUAAUCUAUGAACAGCUAAAAAAUAUUAUUAAUGCUGAUCGAGAGUCCCACACUCAUGUUUCUGUGGUGAUUAGUUUCUGUCGCCAUUGGGGAGAUGAUAUUGCUGGACUUGUACCAAGGAGAGUAAAGAGUGCUGCAGAGAAGUUUAGUUUGAAUUUUCCUCCUAGUGAGAUAAUUAGUCCAGAGAAACAACAGCCUUUCCAGAAUCUUUUAAAAGAGUCUUUACGUCUUUGACCAAACACCUGAAAAAGGGACCACAGGGAGCUCCAGAAUACUGAGAGACAAAACAGGCGUAUUCUACAUUCUAAAGGGGAGCUAAGUGAAGAUAGACAUAAACAGUAUGAAGAAUUUGCUAUGUCUUAUCAGAAACUGCUGGCAAAUUCUCAAUCCUUAGCAGAUCUUUUGGAUGAAAAUAUGCCAGAUCUUCCUCAGGACAAACCAACACCAGAAGAACAUGGACCUGGAAUUGAUAUUACACCUGGUAAACCUGGAGAAUAUGACUUGGAAGGUGGCAUAUGGGAAGAUGAAGAUGCUCGGAAUUUUUAUGAGAACCUCAUUGAUUUGAAAGCUUUUGUUCCAGCCAUCUUGUUUAAAGACAAUGAAAAAAGUUGUCAGAACAAAGAAUCUAGCAAAGACGAUUCCAAAGAGUUAAAAGAAUCUAAGGAUAAUAAAGAGAUACCAAGUCCUGAUGAUUUGGAACUUGAGUUAGAGAAUCUAGAAAUUAAUGAUGACACCUUGGAGUUAGAGGGUGGAGAUGAAGCUGAAGAUCUUACAAAGAAACUUCUUGAUGAACAAGAACAAGAGGAUGAGGAAGCCAGCACUGGAUCUCAUCUCAAGCUCAUUGUAGAUGCUUUCCUCCAGCAAUUACCCAACUGCGUCAACCGAGAUCUGAUAGACAAGGCAGCAAUGGAUUUUUGCAUGAACAUGAAUACAAAAGCAAACAGAAAGAAGUUGGUACGGGCACUCUUCAUAGUUCCUAGACAAAGGUUGGAUUUGCUACCAUUUUAUGCAAGAUUGGUUGCUACAUUGCAUCCCUGCAUGUCUGAUGUAGCAGAGGAUCUUUGUUCCAUGCUGAGGGGGGAUUUCAGAUUUCAUGUACGAAAAAAGGACCAGAUUAAUAUUGAAACAAAGAACAAAACUGUUCGUUUUAUUGGAGAACUAACUAAGUUUAAGAUGUUCACAAAAAAUGAUACACUACAUUGUUUAAAGAUGCUUCUAUCAGACUUUUCUCAUCACCAUAUUGAAAUGGCAUGUACCCUGCUGGAGACAUGUGGACGGUUUCUUUUCAGAUCUCCAGAGUCACACCUGAGGACCAGUGUACUUUUGGAGCAAAUGAUGAGAAAGAAACAAGCAAUGCAUCUUGAUGCAAGAUACGUCACAAUGGUGGAGAAUGCAUAUUACUACUGUAACCCACCUCCAGCUGAAAAGACAGUGAAAAAGAAACGACCUCCUCUCCAGGAAUAUGUCCGGAAACUUUUGUACAAGGAUCUCUCUAAGGUUACCACUGAGAAGGUUUUGAGACAGAUGCGAAAGUUGCCCUGGCAGGACCAAGAAGUGAAAGACUAUGUUAUUUGUUGUAUGAUAAACAUCUGGAAUGUGAAAUAUAAUAGUAUUCAUUGUGUAGCCAACCUCUUAGCAGGACUAGUGCUCUACCAAGAGGAUGUUGGGAUCCAUGUUGUGGAUGGAGUUUUAGAAGAUAUUCGAUUGGGAAUGGAGGUUAAUCAACCUAAGUUUAACCAGAGACGUAUCAGCAGCGCCAAGUUCUUAGGGGAACUUUAUAAUUACCGAAUGGUAGAAUCAGCAGUUAUUUUCAGAACUCUUUAUUCUUUUACUUCAUUUGGUGUUAACACUGAUGGUUCUCCAAGUUCACUGGACCCUCCUGAGCAUCUUUUCCGAAUUAGACUAGUAUGCACUAUUUUGGAUACCUGCGGCCAGUACUUUGAUAGAGGUUCCAGUAAACGAAAACUUGAUUGCUUCCUUGUGUAUUUUCAGCGUUAUGUUUGGUGGAAGAAAAGUUUGGAGGUUUGGACAAAAGACCAUCCAUUUCCUAUUGAUAUAGAUUACAUGAUCAGUGAUACACUAGAACUGCUAAGACCAAAGAUCAAACUCUGUAAUUCUCUGGAAGAAUCCAUAAGGCAGGUACACGACUUGGAACGAGAAUUCUUAAUAAAACUAGGCCUUGUAAAUGACAAAGAGUCAAAAGAUUCUAUUACAGAAGGAGAAAAUCUUGAAGAAGAUGAAGAAGAAGAAGAAGGGGGAGCUGAAACAGAAGAACAAUCUGGAAAUGAAAGUGAAGUAAAUGAGCCAGAAGAAGAGGAAGGUUCUGAUGAUGAUGAUGAGGGAGAAGAAGAGGAGGAGGAAAAUACAGAUUACCUUACAGAUUCCAAUAAGGAAAAUGAAACUGAUGAAGAGAAUACUGAGGUAAUGAUUAAAGGAGGUGGACUUAAGCAUGUACCUUGUGUAGAAGAUGAGGACUUCAUUCAAGCUCUGGAUAAAAUGAUGCUAGAAAAUCUCCAGCAAAGAAGUGGCGAAUCUGUUAAAGUACAUCAACUUGAUGUUGCUAUUCCUUUGCAUCUCAAAAGCCAGCUGAGGAAAGGACCUCCACUUGGUGGCGGGGAAGGAGAGGCAGAGUCUGCAGACACUAUGCCAUUUGUCAUGUUAACGAGAAAAGGCAAUAAACAGCAGUUUAAAAUACUUAAUGUGCCCAUGUCAUCCCAACUUGCUGCAAAUCAUUGGAACCAGCAACAGGCAGAACAAGAAGAAAGGAUGAGAAUGAAAAAGCUCACACUAGAUAUCAAUGAGCGGCAAGAACAAGAAGAUUAUCAAGAAAUGUUGCAGUCUCUUGCUCAGCGCCCAGCUCCAGCAAACACCAAUCGUGAGCGGCGGCCUCGUUACCAGCAUCCAAAGGGAGCGCCUAAUGCAGAUCUAAUCUUUAAGACUGGUGGGAGGUAA